GGAUGGAUGAACAAUGGGCUGCCAAAACAUGUUUUACACUCUUUUGUUCUGGGCUAUGGCUGUCUUGGCUGAGGGGGAGUGUUGGGUAUAGCCAAGAGAACGGAUAUAUAAGACCGAGAAUGGAGCACCAAGGAACAAGCAAGAGUAUAUAGAGAGAGUGGCCAAUCGACAAAACAGAGGAUAUUCUCGAGAAUUCUAGGUGCUUUGGGCAUGGCGGGGACAUUGCCUUUGCCGCAUUUUCCAAAUUCUCCGGCACUUGGUGGAGCUUCUACGAGGCUAUGCUGCCAAAGGAGGGAUAGUGUUUCCAGAUCCUCCAUUGAUACUCCUGCCAAUGCCAGACUUCUCACUGGGUGUAGAGAUUCUUUCAAUCAGCAGCCAAAUUUCUAUCUUGUCCGUGAAGCACAGUCCGAUGAAGAUUUCUGGACAGCUUCCUGGCUGCGUUCUGAAUGCUACUUUGAAGAUCAAGGCUCUGAUCGCUUCGUCCAAAGCUACAAAAAGAAAUUCUCCGAACAGGAGUUCAUAACUUUGAAGCGACGCUGCGCUGGAAGAUAUGGUAAUUGCUUACGAUGCACCUGCUUGUUAGCGGUUCUUAACGAUGGAUCAUCCCUGCUCAAUCGGGUCAUUGGAACAACGGACUUAAGCUUGCGUCAAGCUUUGCCAGGAGAUGACUCGAGGACUCUUGGCAUUCAAACCCAGCCUUAUGGCUACAUUGCAAACGUAUGCGUGUCGAGAAGCCAUCGGAGAAGAGGAGUUGCCUCCAGUUUGCUUGAAUCCUCUGUGCAAGUAGCCAAGUUUUGGGGAUUGAAAAGAGUGUAUGUUCAUGUCGAUUCUGGUAACAAAGCUGCAAGGCUGGUCUAUCAUCGCCAAGGAUUUCAGCUUGUACAAGCGCGAAAUCCCGAUGAUCACAUCUUGCUGCUUAGCCUUGAGCUGUAAAACUUGAGUAAUGUCACAUCCAGUCCAUCCAUUCGAGCUCAUCUCGCGGCUGCAAUGCCUCCACGUAGUCGUAGGAAUGAAAUAGGGCGCGGAUGUAAAUUUCUCGCGUGGCGAAGCUCGCGUUUUCGUCA